UACAAUGAAUAUCACACUAACAGUUACCGCUAUUUUAUUUAUAAUUUUAUAUUUUGAAAAUGUGAAAUGCGACGAAGUAGAAAAGAAAGAAGAUGACAAAUAUUCAGCACCAGUUUGGUUUGGACCUAGGAUAGGAAGGAAGAAAAGGGGACUUUUUGAGGAAGGAUAUAAAAAUUUGGACAAAGAAGAACUAGAAGCGUUGCUAGAGUUUAUUAGGAAGAGUCCAUGGACUAUUAUGUUGUUCAAUAAUGGUAGAGGCCACCUCUUGAACUUUACCCCAAAGGAAACAAAAUUAAAUAAUUUAAACGAAGAUGAAAUCACUGAAAUGGUCCAAAGAUCGAUGUUUGCGCCAAGAUUAGGAAGAUCGACAUUUUACUCAAAGUUAGGUAGAGAUAAUGAAAUGGAGUGA